UUUAAAAUUUAAAACUUAAAUCGUUGAAAAUUUUGAAAAUUGUAUUAUGAAUUCCACCAUAACGUGUGUACAUCUAUUCUCAUUUAUCUAUAUCCUUUUAAUGGGGAAUAUGAGCAUAAAAGAUAUAUAUCAUAUUAGAAUACUUAUCCUUUCUCAACAAAUUGGACGCACUUGAUUUCAUGUCCCACUUCUAUUUAUCAAGUGUGGGCCAGAUUCUAUGCACCCGGCUCUUUAAACCCUACACUUGGUGAUAAACACUGUUAGUCUUCUGUUGACAUGUAUAUGUUUUUAUAGUUUUCCUAAAAUCUCUAUUGAUUAGCUCAAGUGAGAGAAUAUAUAACAAAUAAUUAAAUACAAUACGUGUCAGCAAAAAAUUCACCCGGCUAUUUAUCACCGAAUGUAGGGGAAACAACCUUGCACGCACACUAGAAAAGUCAAACUUUGCUCCGCACCCUAUAAAUUCUCACCCCCAACCAAAACCCUACUCUUUCUAUCCCUUUAAUUUUUUUGGUAGCCCAUCCAAUUAAAUGUAUUUUUCACUUUUCUUUAAAAAAAAAAGAUAAAUAGAAAAAGAAAAAAAAUAUGUCAUUUCCCGGCGACAUACGUCACACUCCCGCCGCGACCAAGCCGCCCAGCACAUCCUCCGCCGCCGCCGCCGCAGCCGCAGAUCCACGCGUGCCGCUGAUGAACCUCUCCGGCGUCCAAGCUCGAAUGGAUAUUCUCCAGAGAUUCCUCUCCGAUUCAGUCAACAGCAACACUUUACUCGGUCAACCCCAAAUGGACAUGGUCUCCUCCGAAAUCUCCUCCGCCAUCCAUCAGAUCAUCGUCAACGGCGCCGCCCUUCUCUCCUGCACUCCGCCUCUCUCCUUCGUUUACAAGCAGGAAGAAAAAGUGUCGAAUCCGGGUCACCCGGAUCCAAACCCGGUUCAAAUCGUGAAGGAUCCGAAGGUCGAGAUCCACGUGGCGGACGAGGCCGCGGCCGCGGCCUCCGCCGCCGACGACCACGACAUAAUCGAAAUGGACGCGGUGGAGCUGCUGGCGGAGCACGUCCAUUUCUGCGAGAUCUGCGGCAAGGGUUUCAAGCGCGACGCCAAUUUGCGGAUGCACAUGAGGGCCCACGGCAACCAAUUCAAGACCGCCGAAGCAUUAGCGAAGCCGGAAAAGGUCGUCGGCGGCGGCGGCGGCGAUUCGAUCGGGCGGAGAACGACGAGGUUUUCGUGCCCGUACGUCGGGUGCAAUCGAAACAAGCAGCACAAGAAGUUCCGGCCGCUGAAGAGCGGCGUAUGCGUGAAGAACCACUUCAAGAGGAGCCACUGCCCCAAAAUGUACUCGUGCAAUCGGUGCAACAACAAGAGCUUUUCGGUUGUGGCCGAUUUGAAGAGCCAUUUGAAGCAUUGCGGUGAGAGCAAGUGGUUGUGUUCCUGCGGGACCACCUUCUCGAGGAAGGAUAAGUUGUUCGGCCACAUGGCAUUGUUCGAGGGCCACAUGCCCGCGGUGAACGACGAGUUGGUGGCCGGGGGUGAGGAUGAGGAUAAGGAAACGGGGCGGAAUAUGGAGGAGGGUAAUAAUGGGAUUUUCGAAGGGUUGCUCGAUGGAUUCGAUUCGAUUGAGGAUUGUUGCUUUCAAGAUCAUACGAUGAAUCCUUCGAGUUCGUUGGAUAAUUUAGAUGAUUGUGGAAUGGAGGGGUUCUUUAACUUUUGAUUUUGAUGUUGUAUGUGUAUAUGAGUAUAUUGUACUAGUAAUAAAAUGGCAUUCACUUCUUAUAAUUGUUGGUGAUUUUUUUCAUUUCCUCUAAUUAGGCGUGUAAAUGAGCUGAGCUGCUCGAUGACCGGCUCGAUAAAAGCUUGAGCUCAAGCUUGAACUUUUCGAGCUCGAACUUGAGCUCAUUUUAGUUGUUCUCGCUGGCUUUAUAUAGAUUUUCUUUUCUU